AUGGCACUGAACGGCCUGAGUCACAUGCGCGAGGCCGUGGUGGAGGUGUGCCGAACUUCCUGCUCCGGCUGGCAAGGUCAGCGCGUCGAGCUCAGCGGGAUAUCGCGGAAGCUCUGGCAGUGCGGGCCGGCGCCCGACGAACCUCAGGUGGAAUGCCAGGGCCGCACCAGGGUCAGCCUUGGCUGCGCCUGGCAGAGUUGCGUGGACUGGGCGAGCGGCAGCUGCAACCAGACGGCCUGGUGCAUCCACGGGCCGACGCCUUUCGGCUUGGUCCCAACCAAGGCACGCUUCCAGCGCUGCGGACCCUGCUUCCGGUGGGCCUCGGAGCUGAGGCAGCGAGCCUGGCAGGACCAUAUCAAUGUGGACCCCCUCCUGGCAAAGAUCACUCAGCAGUCGCUGAUCGACCUUCCUGCCGACAUCAAGCAGGAGUCUUGGCGAAGGCCGCGUGAUGAACGGCAGCUGGCCGUGUCAUUCCUGGUGUACAGCAAGACGGGCCGGAACUUCGUGAGGUUCUUCCUCUCCCAGGUCUCUGGGCCCCACCUCGGCCACAAGGGCUGCUGGAGUACCAGGGAGGUCUUGUCCAGGCGUUUGCAGCUGCCACAGAUCUCCAGACUUCCAGUGGUCAAGCCGUACUGCAAGUUGCGGCGGAUCCACAUCCUGCCGUGGUCCAAGCCCCACGUCAUCCGUGUCUCAACGCACGGGCCGACCUCCGCCGUGAUACGGCCCAUGCCGGCGAACUCGCGCAUGGUCCACAUGUAUCGCGACCCAGCGCGGUGGAUCGUCAGCUACUUCCGGUACCUAUCCGGCAUCCAGAGCGUCUUCCACGAGAACCCUGCCUGGCACACCGUGACCAGCCUGGCGCUGAACGCCGAAGAGCUCAGCUUGCGCAGCCUGCAAGACCUCCCGGCGGCCUGCAGGGGCCUCUGCACCUUCUAUGACCUGCUCAAUGCUGUGGCCCCCGAGGCAGGCGUCUUGCUCACGUCUCGGGUCAUUCGUGCUGAAGUGCAGCUGAUGGCGAAGGUGUUCAAGAAGACAGCCAACGACCCUCGGGUUCUUCACCUGUCCGUGGACCAUCUUCAUCUGAACUACUACAAGACCAUGCGCUGCAUGCUCCGAUUCCUACGCUGCACCGGGCAUCCGGUUAGCGGCAGCUGCAAUCAGCUUGUCGGCACGCUGCGGAAGAGGGGCCUUGCACCAACCGACGACGGCUCCGACAUCCGAGCGCACGCGCGGUACCGGCGCCAUGCGACCUUCAACAAGCACAACAAUUCCCGUCUCCGGGCCUUGGUGAUGUCUGUUCCCGCCUGGGCGCCCGGCCUCGCGAGAUUCCGAUCUCUGGCUGCGUCGACCUCGAAGAGGCAAGCCGCGCUCUUUGGCUGUCCCUUGCGGCUGCCGCCCUGA